UACGGAAGCAGCAGCGGGCGGCGCUCAGUGCCUUUAACUUUUGAGUACAUUUGCCGCCUCCUGAGCCCGCCGUCACCGCUCUGUACAGGAGUCUCCGGGGGACAUGUCUGCGCUGCCAGCCGUAAUGUCUAACGGAGAGAGCUCCGCAUCCGCCGCUCAUCCCGUGCUUGUGGGCAGCAGAGUGACCGUGGUGCUCGGCGCACAGUGGGGCGAUGAGGGGAAGGGCAAAGUGGUGGACCUGCUGGCUCAGGAUGCGGACAUUGUGUGCCGCUGCCAGGGAGGAAACAAUGCAGGUCACACAGUUGUAGUGGAUUCUGUUGAAUAUGAUUUUCACCUUUUGCCAAGUGGAAUCAUAAAUCCAAACGUUACUGCUUUCAUAGGAAAUGGCGUUGUAAUUCAUCUUCCUGGAUUAUUUGAAGAAGCAGAGAAAAACGUGAAAAAAGGAAAAGGUUUGGCUGGUUGGGAAAAAAGGCUUACAAUCUCCGAUAGAGCUCACAUUGUGUUUGACUUCCAUCAAGCUGCAGAUGGCAUCCAGGAACAGCAGAGGCAAGAACAAGCUGGGAAGAAUUUGGGAACUACAAAAAAGGGCAUUGGACCAGUGUAUUCUUCCAAAGCUGCAAGAAGUGGCCUUAGGAUGUGUGAUCUUGUAUCAGAUUUCAAUGAAUUCUCUAAAAGGUUUGAAGUUCUGGCUAAACAGUACAAAUCGAUGUACCCUUCACUGGAAAUUGACAUUGAAGGUGAACUUGGAAAACUUAAGGAGUAUGCAGAGAAGGUAAAACCCAUGGUGAAGGAUGGUGUCUAUUUCAUACAUGAAGCUCUUCAUGGCACACCAAAGAAGAUAUUGGUUGAAGGAGCAAAUGCUGCACUCCUAGAUAUUGAUUUUGGCACUUACCCCUUUGUGACUUCUUCAAACUGUACUGCUGGAGGAGUCUGUACGGGACUUGGUAUUCCUCCGCAGAGCAUUGGAGAUGUAUAUGGAGUGGUGAAAGCAUACACCACUAGAGUUGGUAUUGGUGCCUUUCCAACAGAGCAGGUUAAUGACAUUGGAAAUAUUCUACAGACACGUGGCCAUGAGUUUGGCGUUACAACCGGAAGGAAGAGGAGAUGUGGGUGGUUGGAUCUAGUUUUGCUUAGAUAUGCACACAUGAUCAAUGGAUUUACAGCACUGGCUCUUACAAAACUUGAUAUUUUGGAUGUAUUUUCAGAAAUUAAAGUAGGUGUUUCCUACAAAUUAGAUGGUGUGAAAAUACCUCAUUUUCCAGCAAAUCAAGAAGUUUUAAACAGAGUUGAGGUUGAAUAUGAGACACUACCAGGAUGGAACAGUGACACAUCAAGUGCCAGGACAUUAGAGGACUUACCUGAGAAUGCCAAGAAAUAUGUACAUUUCAUUGAAGAAGCUCUUGGAGUUAAAAUUAAGUGGAUUGGAGUUGGAAAAUCUAGGGAAUCGAUGAUUCAGUGCUUCUGACCAAAUGCAUGUUACUCCUACAUGGACCUCAUUUGAUUGUAGAUUUUUUUGACUUGAAAAAAUGGAAGUCGAAGGGAAAAGGGAUUGGGGCAAAACACCAACCACACUUUCUUGACCUAUGUACCUGGGAUAUUAAAUGUUAUUACACUUAAAUGUUCUGAAUGUGUGUUUGAAUCAAAGGAGUAUUCUCAACAUAAUCCUCUUUAUAUAGUUGCAGCAAAUGAGAUUCAAGUUUGUGUGUGUAUGCUGUUACAUUUACCUAAUCUAUAGUUACCUAAUCUUUAUUUCCCUUAUAAAGUAAGAUUGUAAUGAA